CUCUCUCUCUCUUUCUCCCUCUCUCUCUCUCCUGCUCUGCCUCCUCUCCAGUAUUGUUCUCGGUUGCCGUGAGAGGCAGAACACACACACACAGGCGGCAGGAUGUCGAUCGUCAGCAUCGUUGCCAGGGAGAUCUUGGACUCCCGGGGAAACCCCACUGUUGAAGUGGACCUUUGCACGGAGAAAGGUCUGUUCAGGGCUGCGGUGCCCAGCGGAGCAUCCACAGGGAUCUACGAGGCUCUGGAGCUCCGCGAUGGAGACAAGAGCCGCUACAAGGGCAAAGGAGUUUUGAAGGCGGUCGGGCACAUCAACGAUACUCUGGGUCCCGCCCUUAUAGCCUCCGGCAUCAGCGUGGUGGAGCAGGAGCAGCUGGACAACACGAUGAUCGAGAUGGACGGAACAGAAAACAAAUCUCAGUUUGGGGCCAACGCCAUCCUGGGAGUGUCUCUAGCCAUCUGUAAGGCCGGUGCGGCAGAGAAAGACGUCCCCCUGUACCGCCACAUAGCCGACCUGGCCGGAAACACAGAGCUGGUGCUGCCGGUUCCUGCCUUUAAUGUGAUAAAUGGAGGAUCUCAUGCAGGCAACAAACUGGCCAUGCAGGAGUUCAUGGUUCUUCCUGUUGGAGCCGAGUCUUUCAAGGAGGCGCUGAGGAUAGGAUCGGAGCUGUACCACACUCUGAAGGGGGUGAUCCAGGAGAAAUACGGCCAGGACGCCACCAACGUGGGAGACGAGGGAGGAUUUGCUCCCAACAUCCUGGAGAACAGUGAGGCUCUGGAUCUGCUGCAGACGGCCAUAGAGAAGGCCGGCUUCACGGACAAGGUGGUGGUCGGGAUGGACGUGGCCGCCUCCGAGUUUUACCGUGAUGGGAAAUACGACCUGGACUUCAAAUCCCCACCGGAUCCAGAGAGACACAUCUCUGGAGAGGAGCUGGCUGACAUCUACCAGGGCUUCGUCAACAACUACCCAGUGGUGUCCAUCGAGGACCCGUUCGACCAGGACGACUGGGAGGCCUGGUCCCGUCUGACGGCCCAGGUGGGGAUCCAGGUGGUGGGGGACGACCUGACGGUGACCAACCCGAAGAGGAUAGAGAAAGCUGCCGAGGAGCGAGCCUGUAACUGCCUGCUACUCAAAGUCAACCAGAUCGGCUCCGUCACCGAGGCCAUACAGGCGUGUAAACUGGCUCAGGCCAACGGUUGGGGUGUGAUGGUCAGCCAUCGUUCAGGAGAGACAGAGGACACCUUCAUCGCCGACCUGGUGGUGGGACUCUGCACUGGACAGAUUAAGACCGGCGCCCCCUGCAGAUCCGAGAGGCUGGCCAAGUACAACCAGCUGAUGAGGAUUGAGGAGGAGUUGGGCGACCAGGCUCGCUUUGCAGGCCAUAACUUCAGGAACCCCAGCGCCCUGUGAAACUGACAGAUGAAUGACUCACACACACACACACACACAUACACACACACAUCUAAACUGACAGACAUGCCAAACAUGGGAACGAGCCAUGCACUAUGAAAUAUCACACAUUCAUGAAAAAACACAGGAGCAAAAGAGCCAAGCAAAAAAUGCUUAAAGAUUAAAUAAAUUAUGCACUGGACUUAUAGGUGAUGAUGCUGUAUGCACACACACACACACACACACACACACACACACACACACACACAGAUAGAGUAUGCAGAUGCAACACGUGCUCACGCACAUGCAGCGGAAUACCAUCAAAAUA